GUUGGGCUUUAUGAAAACAAGCCCGAGUGUGUAGACCUAAAACAGUAGUAGUGAACUUGGAUUUUAUAAUCCAAUCCGUGAAUGUUUGUUUUGUUGUAUAAAAAGGCAAGAGCCCUGAACCCUCUGCCUCCUAGGGAAACAUUAUAGCGUUUGAAGACUUGGAACGUUGUUCGCUUCAGAAACCGGGGCAACCUGAGAUAGACACACUUAACCAACAUGGCUACAAAAAUUAACGUGGCAAUCCUGUUUGUACUUGUAGCAGUGGCAUUGACAAUGCCACACAGCACAGAAGCUACGGAGCAUGUAGUAGGUGGUGGUGCUGGUUGGAUUAUUUCUCCUGAAGGAGCUUCCUUCUAUUCCUCCUUCGCAGCUAACACCACAUUCAGACUAAACGACACACUAGUGUUCAACUUCAAAACAGGAUCUCACAACGUUGUGACAGUGUCGAAGAAAAGCUUCGAAACAUGCAACGUGAGUGAAGCAAUGGAAUCAUUCAAUACGGGGCCAGCGAGAAUCAGUUUGAACCGCACCGGAGAGUUCUACUUCGCAUGCUCCUUCCCACAUCACUGCAUGCUGGGCCAAAAGCUGAGCAUUGAUGUGACUGCAGCUUCUUCUUCCCUUGCUCCAGCUUCAUCUCUAUCUGCUUCACGACCAACCAUGCCCGUUGCUGUCACUGUCACUCUUCUUCUCAUGACCCUUUCCAUAAAUGUCUUGUUCUAGAAUUAUUAGGAUGUUGUAAAAGCGGUUAUUGUUACGUAUGUGGUUGUUGUUUGAAUAAAUUAUUAUUGUUUGUCAUUGCCAAGGACGGCAACUGGAUUUCUGUCUUUUUUUGUCGUAGCACGAGCACCAACCAAUGGUGUUCCGCAGUACCCUAUCUAUAUUAAUCUUUUGUCAUCCACAAAUAAUUAUAAAAAAAGUUAAGUUGCAUUUGAUUUAGCAA